AACUGAAAACGACCAAUAACUAAGGUUACAUACCUGUUUACAUGUUGCUAAAUUUAGGCUUCCGUGUUACAAAGUUAUGAGAAUGAACUACCCAUCCUUCGACAGAACACGUACAUAAAUAUGAAGUUCAAAACAGUAAGGGAGGGACAGCAAGCUGUUGUAUUCAACUAUCUAGGUGAAGGUCGUUUGAUCAUUGGACCAGAAAGGGUAUUUCUGUACCGAGAAAGACUACAGUACCUAAAAUCCUACACAGCCAAUCAAUAUCAGUUCUUAGUGCUGAAGGAUAAAGAUGGUGUUGUCACACACAAACGAGGACCAUGUGAGGUUUUCCAUAACACCAUGAUGUAUGACAGUAUUGAAAUCAAAGAUGCCACAAAAAUAGAUGCCAAUCAUCUCAUUGUUGUUUACAAGCGUCUAAAGGACAAUGAUGUGCAGCGCAGAAUUAUCCAGGGCCCUACAGUGUUUGUUCCUGAGGCAGAAGAAUGGCUUCAUCAGUUCACUUGGCACGGAUGUGAUGCAACUGACAAGACAAGGAUGAUCCCAGGACACAAUAAGUUUACACAGCUGGCAAUAAUCCCGGAUCAGUUUUACUACAAUGUACGAGAUGUAAGGACAGUGGAUGAUACCAUGAUCACAGUGAAACUCAUGAUUUUUUACAAUCUGAACGAGAUACUCAAAAUGCUGGACACAACCCAUGAUCCAGUGGCUGACAUGAUUAAUGCUGUUUGUGCUGAUAUUAUCACAUUUGCAGGAAAGAACACAUUUGAAGAUUUCUUAAGAAAUACUCACAAACUAAGCGAGCUAUCCUCAUUUCCUGAGCUCACACACAGGGCAGAACGGAUAGGCUACCAAAUACAAAAGGUUGUCUUUCGUGGUUACCAUGCAAAUGACCGUCUACAGCUGAUGCAAAGUUCUGCCAUCGAGACCAGGACACAGUUGAGGUUGAAUGCAGAAAUUGAAGAAAUGAAACAACACCUCCAGAAUUUCAAAUUAUCUAAAGAAGAAGCUCGCACUAAGCUUAAACAAGAAAUGGAGAAAGCGGAACAGGAUCAUAAACAAAUGAUUGACAACAUGAAACAAGUACAUGAACUGGAGAUAAAACAGCUGCAGCACGAACAGUCUCUAAAGGUUGCAGCUAUGACCACAUCCAGCAAGUUAGAUGAUCAGAAAGCUAAGAACAGCAAGGAAAUUGAGCAUCUAUCAAAGUUAAGUGAUUUAGGUGUAGAUGUUACCUUGUACCUGACUCUACAACACAAACCACCAACUGACCAGGAAAUUCGUGUAUCUACACCAGUAUUUACUCAUACUGAUUUAUAAUGGAAACAGAAAAACGCAGGCUAAGAGGAAAUACGGGUGCUACCAUGAUAAUAAAAAAAUGUGGACUCAAAAACAUGGGUUGUCAUCAUACUGUUUAAAAAAUGAAUGUGCUGACAAAUUGAAGCCGACUUCACCAUGCACACCUAUUGCCGAAAAAAUGAGUUGGCAAUCAGACAAGACAAGAAAUUUAGACUACCAUCUCCGUAAAAUAUUCUACUCAUGAAAAUGUUUAUCACAGUUUUCUGCUGAAAUAGUUUUCUAUAUCAGAGAAACAUGGAAACAAUUUGACAAUCUUACUUUGAAGUGCUCCUGUGGAGUGUGAUGAUAGUCCCAAGAAUGUUCUGGGUGUAUCUUAUCUUGUAACAGCGUAAAUAUACAGUUAACAUACAGAUUAAUCUUUCAUUGACUUUUUUAUGUAUGUUUUUUCAUCUUCCUAACUAAAGUUUGCAAGGCAAUGAAGACAUAACAUCAUCAUGAUAUGAUAUGUACCUUGCUUCACCAAAAAGUUCUGAAAUUACUUGUAUACUUGCAUUCUACACAUGUUAAGUCAUGACUUGAUCUUCCAGUAAAUGUCAGUAAGUUUGACAGUCUCCAGUAAGGUUUUGGUCCCACACUUGAGUCUUGAAAAUGACAUCUUCAAUUCAAAAGAAUCUUCAUUAAAGAUAGAUAUAAAAUAAGUGAGAGUGAACUGGAUUUCGACAAUAAUAAAUGUAUAUAUACCUGUAUAUAUAUGAUCUUAGUGGGGAUAUUAAACAUAGGUAUCAUCUAUUUACGAGCCAUGCUAACUUCAGAAAAAUGAAACUAACAAAAGUCAACAUUUGGUUUUCAUGUUCAUUAGGUUAAAAUCAAGAUACAGUUAUAAAUAAGAAAUCAUGGUAAUACAUUUGUGUAAUGCCUGUACAUACCAGUGGCAUUUAUAGGUACAAAUUACUGUGAUAUAACCUAAAUAUCCAUGCUUCUAACUGAAAGCUAGGUUAAUAUAUCUCUUUCAAGUCAAAUUAUGGUAUUUUGUAUUGUAAAGUUAUGUAAUCAUGGGUGAAAUCUUAAUUUUAGUUUUGUUUUUGUCAGUUUACUUUUAUUGGCUUUUACCUUCAAUCCUUCUCUAGUUUGGACCUUUAGUGUCACUGAUGCGUCCUAGAAGCAGGGACAACUUGAUGAUGUAGUUUUUUUACGAGUAUCUACUGUGCAAUUCUUGGAUAAGGAAAUAUUUUUAGUGAAAGACUACAUUCCUUUAAGUAAUAUAUUCAGUAUUUACCCCUGUACAUAAAACGUUUGUGUGUUUUAACAUUGUAUACAGUAAAGGUUUUUUGGAUGGUUAAAUUUUUUGCAAUUAAAACAAGGAUUCAUUUCUCAAUAAAAUCAUGACACAGAGUAUAAGCUUCUUGACUUCAUUCUGAAGAUACAUGCAUUUUUGCGAAUUUAUUCAACAUUUGGAGAAAAGCAAAAAUAAAACUAAUCAAAAUAGCCUUUACACAAUUUAUUAUGAAGCAUAGAUGUUGUACACAGAGGAGACUAAAGGACACAGUGGCCUUAUUAUCUUCUGUCAGUUCAAUCUUCAUUGUGAUUUUCCUUCUUACAAUUAGCCUUAUUUGCCUGUUCAUUAAAAUAGGUUUUACUGGAAUAUUUACAAAAUGACAGGGAUACACCACUGUAUAAUGUAGAGCUAAUGGGAUUUGAUUUCAUAUACAUAUAUAUACAUUAAUAGGUCGUUUCUGGGUUUUCACUAUCCUUGAAGGUGACAUUAUAAAAAAAUGUAACACUUUAAUUGACUUAAUAAAAAUAUCUUGUUUAUUUGUUUAUUUACGGUAUUUUUUAAAAAGAAAUAUGGGCAUGUUAAUUUCUAAUGUCUAAUUCUUCUGUGUUACUUUUAAUCUUUUCAAUCGAGACUUAAAAAUGAAAAAAUAAAGAAAUGCAGUUUAUUAACAAGAAAUGCUACCAUUGUAUGAUGUUACAACACGAAUGUGCGGGACGUUAAGGGUUGGAUAUAUAAUUUAAUAUAUAUGAUAUCCAUUGUUAUCAUGACAUCUUUAUUAUUUAUUCUUAUAUUUCUAAUAAAGUGUUUUAUUAUUA